CGGGGGCCCGCGGAGCGCCGGCCGUGCGGCCUUCCCGCAGCCAGAGCCGCCGGCACAGCCCUGCGGGGCCAAAGCGCCGCGUGGCCGCGACACCCCGUCUGAAGCGCCGGCUGCGCAGCUCAGUUCCCUGCCGGUUCCGUCAGAGCCGCCCGGCAGCUGGAAACAAGUAGAAACGCUGUAUUUUUAGAGGUAAACCCCGAGAUUUGAGAUACGAGAUCUGCAAGUUUGAAUAUGUUGAAGGAAAUGUCAUCCAGCAUCACUUAGUGCAGCAAGAAGAGGACACGGCCCCGAGCCCCGAGCAGAGACCUGGGCUGUAGAACCCAGGAUACGGGAUCCAUCCUGCAGCACCCUGGGUGCGGAGCUCAGCAAAGACAGGAGGAGCUACAGCUGAAGUUUCCUCCUCUUUGGUGGUUCUGUCCCUGUGCACUCUGGUAGUACUGGUAGUACUGCUGGCAAACUGUGUCUCCUGCUGUAAAGACCCUGAGAUAGAUUUCAAGGAGUUUGAAGAUAACUUUGAUGAUGAACUAGAUUUCACGCCUCCGGCAGAAGACACUCCGUCCGUGCAGUCUCCAGCAGAGGUGUUCACUCUGUCGGUGCCCAGCGUCGCUCUGCCGGCUCCCGCCCCGCUUCCCUCUCGUGCAGAUGGAUCAAAGUCUCACGUUGCACGUCAGAGUCUAAACUACAUCCAGGAAAUUGGCAACGGCUGGUUCGGGAAGGUUCUGCUUGGGGAGAUCUACACAGGCAGCAGCGUCGCAAGGGUCAUAGUGAAGGAGCUGAAGGCAAGUGCAGGUCCCAAGGAGCAAGAACAGUUUUUAAGAAAUGGAGAACCAUAUUACAUUCUUCAGCACCCGAAUGUUCUCCAGUGUAUCGGGCAGUGUGUGGAAGCCAUUCCUUAUCUCCUAGUUUUUGAGUUCUGUGACUUGGGUGACCUAAAAACUUACAUCUGCAAUGAGCAAGAACACGUGAAAGGAGACUCUCAAGUAAUGCUGCUCCAGAGAAUGGCGUGCGAGAUUGCUGCUGGCCUUGCUGUAAUGCAUAAGCAUAAUUUUGUGCAUAGUGACUUGGCCUUACGGAACUGCUUUCUCACGUCCGAUUUGAACGUCAAAGUAGGAGAUUAUGGUAUAGGAUUCAGUAGAUAUAAGGAAGACUAUAUUGAAACAGAUGAGAAGAAACUUGUUCCUCUGCGAUGGACUGCACCCGAGCUAAUCACAAGUUUUCAAGACAGACUGUUAUCAGCAGAGCAAAAUAAAUACAGUAACAUAUGGUCCCUGGGGGUGACGCUGUGGGAGCUGUUCGAGGAGGCGGCGCGGCCCUACUCGGAGCUCUCUGACGGGGCGGUCCUGGCCCGCGUCGUCAGGGACAGGCAGGUUAAACUCCUCAAGCCGCGUCUGGAGCAGCCGUACGCUGACAGAUGGUAUGAAGUUCUGCAGUUCUGCUGGCUGCCUCCAGAAAAGAGACCGACGGCAGAAGAAGUGCAUAGACUUCUAACUUACCUCCGCAUGCAAAGCCAAAGGGACUCGGAGAUAGAUUUUGAACAGCAGUGGAAUGCCCUUAAACCAAACACCUCAAACAGAGAAACAAGUAAUUCUGCGUUUCCAAUCUUGGAUCACUUCGCAGGAGACAGACUUGGCCAGGAGAUGGAGGAAGUCCUUACUGUAACAGAAACAAGCCAGGGUCUCAGCUUCGAGUAUAUCUGGGAGGCAGCUAAACAUGAUCAUUUUGACGAAAGUGGCCGUGUGAACCCCGAUGAAGCAAUGACUUACACAAGUAUUUUCUUCCCAGUGGAGGUUUUUGAGAGGUCCCUUUCAGAGCAAGGGCCGGGAGCGCAGGACGGCAGCGGUCAGGAAGCAUCCCUGGCUGUCCCUGGGGUGCUGCCUGUGUUCGACGCGCACAAGCUGUCUGUUGGAAACGACUACUACAUCCAGUUAGAGGAAAAAGGAAGCGGCUGCACCAUGAACUUUGAUAACCAGUCAGUCGUACUGACUACCGAAGUUGAUCAUCAAGAAGCUGUACAAGAAAAAGGUUCUCAUUUCACGGUUCUCAGGGAUCUUGAUGUUGAAGAAUCCAGCACUGACGGGGACUUCUUCCACUACAAUACAGAUCCUAAAGAGGAUUUUCUGCCUGCCGCUGGUAGUCCAGAAAGUCCUUUCCAGAAUAUCUUUAAUGACAUUGACAGAUCAGAAGAACUGACAAACAGAAAAAUACUUGGUUUUGCUGAAGCAAGUGACGUUCCUAAAGACUUUAACCCAGUUGCUGUAAACUCAAACACAGAUGCUAGGAAGGCCGCAGACCUUUGUGAGAAGGAGCAUUCUAGUCAUGCUUCUGAGAAUGAGAGAGUUUCUGCAUGUGAAAAUCUCUCUAACCAGUCUGACUUGGUAACCUUAGAAGAACUUUCUGAUAACUUCUUAUUUCUUCAAGAGAAAAACUUGUUAACAGGGUUAUUGUCCAACAAAACCAGUGGUGAUUUUGGGAAAAAAACAGAUGAUGUUCUAAACAGUAUAUUAGAAACCUCAACCAGAAGCUCUGUGGAGCCCGAGCCUGUGUUCGCUGGAAACGCGCAGGUCUUGUCUUUGAUCCAUGGAAGUCUUGGAAGAAUGAAGGAUGAAAAUUCCAACCCAGUGGCAGUGACUAAAGACGUGAGCUGCCGGAGCGCCGCGGGGGCGCGGGCGUUCCCCAGCCCGUCUGCAGCGCCCGAGUCCUCUGGGAAACGUGCACGUCUUCCUCCUUUGGAGGACGACGGAAAGCUUGUAAAUGUGGAAGUCAACAAGGUCGUGUCCUGUAAUGCUGGUAUCCUCUGUCAAGAGGAGCUGUCCAAUAAUGCCCAGAACAACAAUGUUGGAAACAAUCCGUAUUACAGUGUUGCUGUCGAAACAGAUGAGUGUGAUGCACAGAUGAAGCAGGGAAUGCUUGUCAGGCCUGAUGAGGAAGCUUUCAGUAGAGAAAAAUGUACUGAGCAGGAAGAUACAAAAAGAAACUUGCAAGAGAAGUCUCCCAUAUUAAAAAAUGGUGAAUGUUUAUUGGAGGAAAACCAAGAAAUAUUGGAUGAUUUUGAGAACCGUAAGGAUGUUCCUGAAGAGGUGACCUUAAUUUCUGUUACUGCUUCAGACUGUACCAGUCAGGAUAGUCUUCUGGAAGACAGCCCGCCCCCUGCGCAAACCGCGGAACAAGCCCUAGAGACGCCAGAUUCCUUGGAUUCUUUAGAUGUAAAUGAGGUUUUAGAAUCUUUACAGGCCCAGAGUCCUCAGAAGCUUUUGCCACCUGAUAAACCUGCUGACAGCGGCUAUGAAACCGAGAACCUGGAGUCUCCAGAGUGGACUUCCCACCUGGCUGUGGAGGAUGCGGCUGGUGCGGAUGCUGCUCUCUGUGCUGUCAGCGAGAGCAGCCGCAGUGCUCUGCCUUCCCAUCCAGUCAUCAUCGUCUCAGAAGCAGCAGCUUGUUUGGAUGCUGUGAACAGCAAUUUUGAAAUAACCCCAAAGGUUUUUCUAGGUGGAAAUCAGAACUCGUAUAGAGACUCUGCCUAUUUCUCUGAUAACGAUUCUGAGCCAGAUAAAAAACCAGAAGAGACUGUGAAUCUGUCAAGAGAGCCUGUGUGUGUUGUCCCUUCCAACAGAGGAGAGGAUAAUCCUGAGGAGGAUUGCAGUUCCGAAGACAGACAGCGAAAGUGUGAUGUAAGGAAGUACCGGGAGAUCAAUGAUCCCACUGCAGAACCAGAACUAGAUCACGACUCGGAGCUGCAGGAGGUGGGCGGCGGGGUGCAGGGCUGUCCUGGUGAGUGGGCCGAGGCGACUCUGAAUUCCCUGGAAGUAUCAGUGGAACAUAACCUAAGGGAUGAAAUAAAAGUAUCUGAGACUUCCCAUAAAACCGUCUCUUGUGUUGGCACUAACACUUCAGAGCUUCUUUCACACAGAGACUUAAAGGCUGUGCAUAACUUACCGAGUCCUCUAGACCUGACUAACAGUGAGAAGUCCUUCUAUCACAUCGAGGGACAGAAACUGAAAGAGCCAGAUAUUGAAGGAAAGUACCUCGGCAAACUCGAUGUUUCUGGAAUGCUUGAUCUAGAAGAUGGCGAUGAUGCGGAUGAGGAAGAUGAGAACAGCGACUCUGAGGAUGACAUGAGGACUUUCCAUGUGCAUAGUCUGAGUUCUGACAGUGAAGAUGAGGCUGUUCAUCAAGUACCCGAGAUACUUAGCGACAAGGAUGAUGGGAAACAUCUGAGAAGCUUGUUGAAACUUCCAAAACCUCUUAAUGAAAGGCAACGUGAGCACUGGAAAAAUGAGAAAAAGGCUGUGACGUUCUUUGAUGAUGUGACAGUCUAUUUAUUUGAUCAGGAAAUGCCGACUAAGGAGCUGGGGCACCGAGCAGCGGACGUGACCGGCGAAGGCUCUCGCAGCGCUCCUGUCCCCGCUUCCAGCUUCAGUUACUUAAACAGAUUCACCAACUCAGAAAGCUCCACAGAUGAGGAAGGUGGGGGGUUCGAAUGGGAUGAUGACUUCUCUUCUCCAGAGCCAUCCUUCCUGUUGAAGGCAGCUAAUAAUCUUAUCAGCUCUAAGCCACCUCUUCAGUCAUCAAAGUACUUCUCUCCGCCGCCGCCCCCGCGGACGCUGGAGCAGAACUGGUCACACCCGUCCCCGUACUCCAGGUUCUCCAUCUCUCCUGCAAACAUGGCAAGCUUCUCUCUUACGCAUCUCACAGAUUCAGAUAUGGAACAGGGAGGAAGCAGUGAAGAUGGAGAAAAAGAUUAAAUUAAUUAAAACUUCUCGGACUGCAUACAUGAAACACACAGAUGUUGUGUCUGAAACCUCUCUAUCUAAACUCUGGACCCUGCUGGAGUAACACAGGUAAUCGAGAAGUACCAAGGAGUGCAAGUAAACACUGAAAGCAAUGUUAAAUCAGGACAUUAAUUUGAAUGUGUAUUUAACUUUGUAAUGUAUUUUUAAAUCAGUGCAAUUUUGCUUUUCAUUGAAAGAUGAUUCGCCGCUGUUUUCAAGUACUUGAAGCAUUUUUCAGAUAACUUAAGAAACAAGUAAAGCAAUUACACUACAGUCUGGUUUGUGUAUGAGAUUGUAUGAUAUUCUUUUUAUAUUUUUCCAUGUAGUUCGUUAGUUAUUUGAACGUCCACCUGCUGUAGAAUUGUGUACAACUGUCCUGUGCAACAGGUGGCUGUGUUGCUGGAACUGUACGGAUGAUAGUUGAUCAGUAGUGAGCCAUAUUUAUUCAAAAAGAUAUCACUACAUAUUACUUUGCUUAUUACAAUUGCACUAUGGAUUAUUCUUCCUUUAUUUCCUGAUGAUGUACAGAAUCAAGAUCUUAAAUCUUUCAAAGAAAAUAAGACAAGUUGGAUUGGCCCAGGUAUCCAGUUCAGUUUGUCCUUUUUGUAGCCCUUGCUAUGCACGGUACUUGUAAAAUGUACAUAACUUCUGAGUGUUACACUAAACUUGCUGAAAUCUUCUAUUCAGUACCAUUUCUAUAUGAUAAUGACUAUAGAUUGAUUGUUAGUGUUCAUGUUUUAUAGGAAACUGGAAAAGAAUAUGUGAUAUACUCUGGAAUUUUUAGAUAAAAGAGAGAAUUCCUCUUAAUUCCUGAAUAUGAUCCUACUGACUGCUUAAAAUGUAGUAGCAUCUGACUAUAUCAUAAUUAAGGGCCUUCCAGUUUUUAUUACAAUUUCUGCCUUGAAGAGAGAAGAGGAAGAAUGGGCUGUACAAACCUGUGGGGCUGAUGACUCCUAUACAGGACUAAUUCCAGCAGGCUGGUCGGGGCGCGCUCGGCCCUUCUCCUGUGCGUUCGGUGGAUGUCGGAGCUCCCUCCUCCGCAGACCGGGGCUGCCGUUCUGAGGCCUGGGGUGAAUCUACCUCUCGGUGUGUCGUGACCAUUAAGAAUUAGAUCAACGGUUAAUGCCCAGUUUUGCACCCUUUGUAAGGCCAUGCCUGUUUUGAGAUGUCUGCAAGGCUCCAUGGUACAUCUGGAAGUGCACGCUGACCAAAGGUGCGAUGGUACAGUUAGCUCUGUCUGUAGGGGAGAGAACACGACGUGCUUGGGUUUGUCCUUCCUAGUCCACCAUGCUUUUAGCUGCUUUAAUCCUUUAAACCGCGUGGGGAAAGAUCUUCGUGAUUGAGAAGCAAAGCCCUGGCCUCCUGGGACGCCUUAUGCGGCUGCGGGUCUGUGGGAAACGCGGGCAGGAGCAGUUUCCCUGGCUCUAGCGUACUAAGAUACAAAAUAAUUUGUAAUUUAGUGGCUAUUUUGGCGGGGCUUCAGUGUAAUGGUGGUCCCAGUGCUCUGUGUUCAGAUCCAGUCAGAGAAUUUUCAUCGUGUCAAGUAUGGCAGGACUAGAUAUUUUCAGAUGUGUAAAGUUUGUUCCUGUGCCACUCCAAAUGCGUUUGGAUUUUUUAAAGUAUGUUUUAAAAUAACAGGAAUAUGUUAAUUGCUUUUUUCCCAUCAUUCUUUAGCCGUUAACCAGAGUGGUUUAUAUACCGAUCAAAAGGGAAUGAUUUAGUGAUAACGUUAUUUGAAGUUGCCAAGGUAUCGUUGAGAACUCCUGUUGGUGAGGCACUCGGGUUCGCACUCGAACCGUUUUCGCUGUGAAGUGAGGAACUGGAGCUUCAUGGCCCUUUCCCAGAGCGGGAUUUAGGAGGCGAAGCCGCGUAGUUCUGCACGGGGGUUACAGUGGGUGCUGUAGGGGGCCUAAGGAAGCCGUUGUAAAAUAUGGGCACUUUGUACACAAACUAUUGCUCAGAAGUUCUGUCAUUCCCACGUUAGACUCCCUGCUACAGCGGGAUCAAGAGGUCGCAUCUGUCUUCUGUAGUUCUCACCAUGGCGAGAAUCAAACUCCAUAAUGGUCUGCGAAGGGUGUGUGGUGAGAAACCACGGGGUCAGGCCUGGAGCUCAGCCUUAGUUUAGUUUUGAAUCGGUUGAUUUAAAAUAUCGUCCAAGGUCAAAAGCAGAAUUUUACAAUUUGGUCCUACAUCUUGUUUCUUAUAAUUCUGUAAAAUCGGAUGUUUAUCCUGUACGUCGGGAGUUUCCUUUGCUUGAUGGAAAGCCAAGAUUUUUGUUCUUUACGGGGGUUUAAGGAAAAUCCCAGAUGGGAAGUGAGAGCUCAGUGCUUUGUCCAGGUGACUCGCUGCUGGGGAAUUGCCAGAGGACGUUCUCCACAGCCGGGCGGGUGUGUGCGCUACUAAGCAAGGUAACGUCCUUUUCGGCUGCAUGAUUAGGAGAAAGGGAUGUUUAAAGCUGGCUCGCCUCGCUUCAGCGGUGAAUUUUAAUUCUAGUAAUCCACUAGGCUGGAUUGCAAUAAUAUAACGUGUCUUUUGGAAAAAAUUCUAGUUAAAAAUCUGAUAAACUACUAACAAUGUUUAAAUACCUGCCUAGCAGUCAGUGGCACAAUGAAGAUGAAUCAGUAAUUCCAACAUGUUACAUGAUAAUUAGGGGAUUUGUUACAAAUCAUUCAUUAACCUAGAUGUAAUUUCUUGCACUAGCUACUGAAGCAUGGUUUCUGUUCUAGAAGUACACGUAUCUAUUUUCAAUGGUUUAUUAUGAGGACUGGUUGCAUUUUAAUUCCUUCUCUAGUGGAAUAGCCCUUGGCCGUUUGACUGAGGGAGGCGUUGUCUCGCCUUGGCUGCUGAGGCGGUUUCCCAGCUGAGGCAGUUUGUGCAGCUUGGGAACAGCUGUGCUCUCCCAGAUGAGCCCCAGAUGUGGUGCCUGUAACUCACUUCAUGGAAACCGCGUCCUCGUGGAAACGGGCGCAUUAGACGUUUUUCCAUAUCCGUGUUGAUGCACUAACAAAAACCAUUUAAGCCUCAUUCUUUUUAUCAGUAUUUUUAGCAGAUUUUUGUGUCGUACUCCAUCUUUUUCACGAGGAAGCUGGUUGGUAGAAGGACUUUUGUUUUCCUUUAUUGGUUAAGCACGAUGCUAGAGCGUCAGCAUUGUCAGGGGUUAGUGACACGGCUGCUUCAGCUGGAGCUGGUGACAGGUGGGAUCCGAGUCUAUUAGCCUUAUAAAAAUAGCCUUAAAUAAGAAUGGAGUAUACAAAAUCACUUCAGCUUUAAGUCAUACAGAAAUAUCCUUGUAUGUUAAUGAUUUUGGUACAAGACUGGAAAAAAUCUAGAGGGGAGUCAAACAUCAUAUAAACUUAUUGAAAAUAAGUAUUUGUAAUACCAGCAGCCUGUUUUUCAGAAACUUGAAUAUCUGACUUAGUUAGUUUUGUUUAUGAAAUUGUUUGAACUUGCACAGAUGUAGGUGUAACUUAACUGAUAAAUGGUACUGAUGUGUGUGUAUAUAUACUGUUUAAUUCUAUUUGUAAAUGAGAAACUAUGUAACAAAAUCAUAGGUAUGAGGUUUUCCUAUUGUAAUUUAAUACAGGUAUGAGGUUUAUGGCAAUAUAUCAUAGUUAAUGAAAUUUCAGGUCAAAUUGUCUUUAAAUUGUGUACAUUUUUAAAUUGUAAUUUCUACUGUAUAUUGAUUAUCAUGCAUAGUGUGAUUCAAGGAACUGCUUGUAAUUUAAAAAUAUUUAAUAUUAAAAAUAAAAUACAAUUAUAUAUUUAUAA